AGGUCUGGGUGGGGGCGCCAGCCUGCGCUCCGGGGAGCAGCAGCCCCAGACGCUGUGGGGAGACCACACGGAGGGCAGAGGGUAGUGCCUGGACAGCAGGUGUGCGGCUUCCCCAGCACCGAGCUGCGGCCAGAGCCAACUGCCUGGGAAGGGCGGGGCAGGCGGGGAGCCACCGGGACCCGCGGCCGCUCUGACGCACCAGCCCCGCUCCAGGCACCCACCCCGCGCGGGGCCCACCCGGAAGAUGCUCGGUUGCGGGGGGUCCGGACAGCGAUCCCCGCCGAGGUGAGGAGCCCGGGGCAUGCGACAGCUCAGGUGGGCCCUGGCUUCGACUCAGACUUACGCCUGCUUCCCGAGCCUCUGAGGACCACGGGGUGCGCGGCUUGCAGCCCAGAGCUCCCCUCGCUGCCAAAGCACCUCCUCCAGACUCCGCUCACCUGGCAGGAGGCUGCGGCCAGGUUCAGGGGCGCUUUCCAGAAACCUCUUAAUUGGCCAGACGCAAACAUCCAGAUUGGCUCCGUGGCCACUUGAGUCUGGACGCCUUUCCACAACCACCCAGGGCAGGUGUCCUGAGCCAGUGAUGGAUCUCCCGGUGAACCUGACCUCCUUUCCCUUCUCCACGCCCUCCUCUUUGGAGCCCAACCGCAGCUUGGGCGCGGAAGACCUGAGCCCCAGCCCUCCUUUUCUCUCUGUUUUCCGCGUGCUGGUUUUGACCUUGCUGGGUUUUCUGGCGGCGGCCACAUUUGCCUGGAACUUGCUGGUGCUGGCCACCAUCCUCAGGGUACGCACCUUCCACCGCGUGCCGCACAACCUGGUGGCAUCGAUGGCCAUCUCGGAUGUGCUGGUGGCUGUGCUGGUCAUGCCACUCAGCCUGGUGCACGAGCUGUCCGGGCGCCGCUGGCAGCUGGGCCAGCGGCUGUGCCAGCUGUGGAUCGCGUGUGACGUCCUCUGCUGCACAGCCAGCAUCUGGAACGUGACGGCCAUAGCCCUGGACCGCUACUGGUCCAUCACGCGCCACCUGCAGUACACGCUCCGCGCGCGCAAGCGCGUCUCCAACGUGAUGAUCGCGCUCACCUGGGCGCUCUCCGCCGUCAUCUCUCUGGCCCCCCUGCUCUUCGGCUGGGGGGAGACUUACUCUGAGCGCAGUGAGGAGUGCCAGGUCAGCCGCGAGCCCUCCUACACCGUGUUCUCUACCGUGGGCGCCUUCUACCUGCCGCUCUGCGUGGUGCUCUUCGUGUACUGGAAGAUCUACAAGACCGCCAAGUUCCGCGUGGGCUCCGGGAAGCCCAACAGCGUCUCCCCGGUGCCCGUGCCCGUGCCCGAAGCUGUGGAGGUGAAGGGUACCGAGCAACAGCCCCAGAUGGUGUUCACGGUCCGCCACGCCACCGUCACCUUCCAGACAGACGGGGACACGUGGCGGGAGCAGAAGGAGCAGAGGGCGGCCCUCACUGUGGGCAUCCUCAUCGGGGUGUUUGUGCUCUGUUGGAUUCCGUUCUUCGUCACUGAGCUCAUCAGCCCCUUGUGCUCCUGGGACAUCCCGGCCGUCUGGAAGAGCAUCUUUCUGUGGCUCGGCUACUCCAACUCCUUCUUCAACCCCCUCAUCUACACGGCCUUCAACAAGAACUACAGCAGUGCUUUCAAGAACUUCUUUUCGAAGCAGCAGUAAGGAGAGGCUGGGGUAGGAUGCAGUUGUCCCCUAGCUAGUGGACCAGCCCAGGUCAUGAACUUUCACAGUCUGCCCAGCAGCCACAAGUUCAAGAUCCAGCUCCCAGUGGCAGCAGGGUCAUCUCAGAGCUUAGCUCGCCCCACCUCUGUGCUCAAGUGCAGGGAGCUGUCUUCAUCCAGGCUCUGGAGGCUCACGUCCCCAGAUGAGCUGAGUACUCUCCCUCACUCUGCACCAGCAGCCACGGAUUUGGCCCACAGAAUACCCAUUCCUCCUCUAAAUUCACUCUAGCAUGGCCGAGGGCCUUGACCUAGAAAAGUUGAACAAAGCAGGAAGGAGGGAGGAAAGUGGAGGAGGUGGAACACUGCGGGAUAAGAGAGACAGGAAAGAGCGCUGGACCUAAAGCCAGGUGUGCUCAUAGGAACUUGGAAUUACAGCACUCGAGUGGCCGAAGCAGGAGGUCUCAAACGUGAGGCCAGCCUGGGCUACACAGUGGGUUCAAGACCAGCCUGAGGUUUUGUUCAAUGUAAACACACACACGCAUGCACACGCACAUAAACACAUGCUAUAGAAGAGGCAAGUAUUCUAGUUAGCAAAAUUAACUCCCGAAUUCAAUUUAACACCUUGGAACUGGCCAAAUGAAAUAAUCUCCUUCCAUUUUGAAGCAUCUGUGUACAAACAUAGAAAAAUCUACUUUCAUGGGAUCUGAAAAAAUUGUUUGCUAAAGGUUGUGUGUGUGGCAUUCCUUCAGCUGUUUGUGGCACAGGCUUCAUCCUUGGUUCGGAAGAUUAGGGGUUAAUGACUGUCACGGAGUGCUUGAUGUCUUGAUGUUGUGUGGCCACAUUCAUCAGACACAUACUUUGACAGGAGAGCUGGUUAUUUUUAAUGUGCUGUUUUGCUGGUACAUGAAGCUGGCCAGUAGGUAAGUAAGGAGAUGGGCAGAACACUAGCCAAGUGUGGCUAACAAUAGCCAAAUGUGGCCUCCAUCAAGUUGGUGGUGUAACUGGUGAGGCAAGACAAUCUGGUAAAAACAUCCUGUUUACAUGGUCAUAAAAGCGGAGGGCACACCCACACCUCCAGAGGGAGUGUAGGAGCUUUGAGGACAUCAUCAAGGACUCCCAGGAGAGAAAGAGGAGCUGACUGUCUUUUCAGGACUGUGCGUGCACUGUCUUCUCCCAAGGACUGAGGGUGGCGCAGAGCUGUGGACCUCUCAGGUGCUGGGUUCCCAGCAAAGUCCUGAUGUGAGCCAAGGACUAUGCUUCAGACUUCAGUGGUGAGGCAUGUCAGGGUUACUCUGAGUCCUCACCCAGUGAGCCAGAGAUGCUGAAGUCACAGCAGAGAUCCAUAGAAACACAAUUGUGUUUCUUCAGCUGGUUGGAAGUGCAAUGAUUUCAUCCUCAAGAGCUUUAUAUUUUGAGCAAAGGACAAAUUUUUCUGAUACUCUGGGACCCACUGUCUGGGAGCAGCAUCCUAGAACAUCUGAUGCACCAGAGGACUCCUUCUGAGCCAGGAUGGAGCAUGAACUCAGAGACCUCCUCAGGAGCGAACAGCUCACAAAUCCAAGCUGUUUCUUGUAACAUGGUUUUACUAAUUAUUUGAAGAAAGGCUUUUGACUUUGAUCCAGUUAAUAGAAUGUAAGAAUUUUUGUUGUUGUUGAGUCUGAAUCCCCUGAAAACAACGCAUGUAAAUGUUGUAAACCUCGUAAAUUCUACACUGCAUCUUUCACUGCCCCUCUGUCAUCGCCCUCAUCGUCUGAAGGCCAAAAGGAAGUCGAGCGUCACAAUUUCCUCUCCUUCUUUACAGCUCUAACUAGGAAGGAAUCCAUCUGCUAGUGAGGGGCCACAUACCUCCACCCUAACAGUUAUUUUAUUCUGUCCUCACCACCCAAAGGACUCUGAUUGCUUUUUCUCUUCACGUGGGGGUGACUUUGCCCAUAGCUUCAAUUUACAUCAAAACCCUCAUUUAUCAUUCGAAACUUCCACAAGCUCUUGGGCAAUAAAAUUCUCCAUUAUCUGUCAUAUCCCUCGUAAAUUAAAAAUUGUGCAUUA